ACUGAAUUCAACAAAUGGGGGGAAAAACCAGAUGGAGCAAGCAGAUCUGAUAUCAUUAGGAAAAGUUGUGUUGGCUUUGGCUUGCAACUCUUUGGCAGGAAUUCAGCGAGAGAAUUUACAGAAAGCCAUGGAACUGGUGACAAUCAACUAUUCCUCUGACCUGAAGAAUCUGAUUUUGUAUUUGUUGACUGACCAAAACAGGAUGCGAAGUGUAAAUGACAUUAUGCCCAUGAUUGGUGCUCGAUUUUAUACUCAGUUGGAUGCUGCUCAAAUGAGAAAUGAUGUCAUAGAGGAAGACCUUGCAAAGGAGGUUCAAAAUGGAAGACUGUUUAGGCUUCUAGCAAAAUUGGGAACAAUCAAUGAGAGGCCGGAGUAAGGAUUUACAGUAUUUUACAAUGUAUUUUCAAUCAAGAGCACUAUUUUGCAUAAUGAGAAUAAGUAAUCCCUACUGGCUUUAUUAGGGAAAAGAAAAGUUUUAUUUGAAGUGACCUUAAGAUUUUGUUAGCCAUUAGGGUGCUGUUUUUUUAAUCACAGCCUAAGUUUGGUUGUCCUUAUGAAUUUUACACACAUGCACAUAUAGAAAAUAUACUGUGUUAGAAAUCUCUACUGUAGUUUGCAAAUGAGGGAACAUUUUAUGACUAAUACUGCCUCUACCGUGUCUCCUUUUUGAAGCCUGGUCAAAUCAGUUUACUUUAGUCUGUUUAGAGACUUCAGAAAGCUCUAAUUGUUGCAUGCCUCUUGUGUUCUGUUAAAGUGCAUAUUUUAUAGCUGCCAAACUGGUGAUGUUGGAAAGGCAUCAUCACUUCACACUGUUUGUCAUUUAGUUCUGCCUCCUUUGGAAGUUAAAGUUAAUCAUAUUUUAAGCAGAGUUGAUGUUUGUACUACGUGACUGUCAAAGACAGGUAGAACAGAAUUGCAGCUAUUGUGACUUUAGUAUGUUACAUUUCAUGAAUGUUUCAUCUGUUAAUAGAGAUAGGUGAUAAGUAAAAAUCAUUGCUUGAUGGAUAUUUUUGACCAUGAAAUUCAGGUCUACUUGCCUUUCUUCAACGUCAAUCGUAUUUUCCCUACUAAUUUUUCUAAAUGAAGAGAACAUAACAAUAUAU